ACAAAACCAGACUGGAAAUAAUAAUAAAGUCUGCGCUAGCUUUCACACCAAAGGACAAUUAAAGGAAAGAAUAAGAGAAUGGGAAUCGUUGAAGCAGCUCACAACGUGAAGAAGUUGGGGUUGGGCGAGCGAAACAUAGUGCUUGCCCAUGGCUUCGGCACCGACCAGUCUGUGUGGAAACACCUUAUUCCUCACCUCCUUGAAGACAUUAACAAUCGGGUCAUUUUGUACGAUAACAUGGGCGCCGGUACCACCAACCCUGACUACUUCGAUUUCCAACGCUACUCCACCCUCGAGGGCUAUGCCUAUGACUUGCUUGCCAUUCUAGAAGAACUACAGAUCGAUUCCUGCAUCUUUGUUGGCCAUUCUGUCUCGGCCAUGAUCGGUGCUAUCGCCUCCAUCUCUCGCCCCGAUCUCUUCUCUAAGAUGAUCAUGGUCGGCGCCUCCCCGAGGUACUUGAAUGAUGUGGAUUACUAUGGAGGGUUCGAGCAGGAGGAUCUAGACCAGCUAUUUGAAGCGAUGGGGUCAAACUACAAGGCAUGGUGUUCAGGGUUCGCGCCACUCGCCGUGGGCGGGGACAUGGAGUCGGUGGCGGUCCAAGAAUUCAGCCGGACCCUGUUCAACAUGAGACCAGACAUAGCCCUGAGCGUGGCGCAGAUCAUAUUCCAAAGCGACAUGAGACAAAUGCUAGGCCUGAUCACUGUGCCUUGUCACAUACUACAGAGCAUGAAGGACUUGGCAGUGCCGGUGGUGGUGUCGGAAUACUUGCAUCAGAACCUCGGCGGUGGAUCAAUCGUGGAAGUCAUGCCAUCGGACGGUCAUCUUCCCCAAUUGAGCUCUCCAGAUGUCGUAAUUCCAGUACUUCUCAGGCAUAUUGGUCUCGAUAUUAAUGUAUGAUGUAAUUUAUUGUGUUUGCUUAAUUUUGUUAUUGGUUUGCGUUAAAAUUUCAAUCGCACGAAAAUGGGCUGCGAUUCAACGUGUCUGGGCUGGUGGGGUUGAAGGUUCAACUACUAUCGUGGCUUUCACGUGAUUCAACACUGGUCUCCUAUGUCUAUCUCCCGAGAUUUCCGCGUACUUUACGUUCCUUUUGUUUUCCAUUCUAUCAUGCAGUUCAUAAUGAAAGCCAUUUGGGUGUGUUUGAUUCUU